AUGUUGGCUUUAAAACAUCAAUGGAAGACAUUAAGUCUGUCAUUUACUGAUGCAAUUCUUACUAUAUCAAUGAAUCGUCCAAAAGCUAAUGCUAUGUCUCCAGAAUUAUUAAAUGAACUUACUGAUGCUUUUAAUCAAGCGUCCAAUGAUAAUAAAAUGAGAGGUGUUCUUCUACGUUCUAAUUUAAAUUCUACAUUUUGUGCUGGUGCUGAUCUUUCGACAGUCUAUAAUCUAUCUGUUGCUGGACAACAAUCAGCAAUUGAUAAAUUCAUAUUUCAUACACUUAGUCGUGGUAUGACUGCACCUUUAUAUUGUUCAAAACCAGUUGCUUGUUCACUUGAUGGUCAUACUAUUGCUGGUGGUCUUAUGCUUGCACUUUCUUGUGAUUAUAUUGCAAUAGGUACACGAAAACCAUUUCGUAUUGGUAUAACUGGACCUAUUGUUGGUAUUCCAUAUCCUUUAAAAGCAGUUAAACUUGUUCAACAUCAACUAGAACCUCAAUUAGGUUAUCGUCUUCUUGUCGAUGCAAAUCUUUUUUCAUCAAUUGAUUUUCCAAUUCGAUGUGAACGAAGUGAAACACCAGAUGAUUUAUCACGAAAAUGGUUAACAAUGAUGAGUGAAAGGCCAUUACAAGGUUUUCAAAUAACUAAAAAGAAGUGGUGGUCGGAUUUAAUUAAAUUAGAUAAUAUUGAUAAUGAACAAGAAAAAAAAGAAUAUUUUAAUGCAGUUACCAGUAAUGAAUGUUUACAAGCAAUGAAAAAAGCAUUGACUAAAGAAAAAUAA